AUGGAGUGCACGAGCGGUGGAGAGACGGAUAGAGAACAGGCAAGCGUGCAGCGGAGAGACAUGAAGAGCGGCAGCGGCUUUGAGCAGCGUGUCGUGGAAGAGGUGGUGAGUAGUAAAGCGCAGUGCAAUGGGCCGUGCGGUGCAGCAGUGGUUAAGGGCGAUGCAGAGCAGGGCGGUGCACAGUAG